CCAUUCGAUCAAAAUCAUUCCUCCUUGAUCAUCGGAGCUCUCCCUCUCUCUUUCCCUCAUCAAUGGCGCUUCGUAAAAAGCUUGCGCAGCGCCUUUUCGGCAUCAGUGGAGACUCCUCGCCGUUCAUAGUCCUUGAACAUUCUCCGAUCUCGUCUCCGUCGUUCCAGUCCCUCGGCCCGCCGAAUGUCGCCAGGACGAAGUUCCACCGCGAGUUCCUCACGGCGCCGGACUCCGUCCACAACGGAUUUUUCCGGCGGUUCCUUCAGCGGCGAGGAAUCAAUCAGUCCGCCAGGCUACCGGAGUCCCUCUCCCUGCAGGUCUGCGACAGGCUGAUGGAGAAGCUCAGAACCGUGAACGGCGUUACCGGGGACCGCCUCUGGCUCGAGGGACUGUCUCCUCCGACGCCGGAGAACUACUCGCACGACGGCAUCUCGGUUCAGGAUGCCAAAAAGAUUCUGAGGAUCGCUCGGCUGGAGCAGCUCAAAUCGAGACUCAGACAGAUCCCGAGGAACUCUAUUCCGCACUCGGAGUUCAUCCAGAUCUGCGGUGAAGGCUGUUCGAACCGCGACCAAGGUGCGGAGGUCGCGAAGAUGUUGGACGAGUCUGGAAACGUCAUCGUUUUGGGAAACAUCGUGUUCCUCCGUCCGGAACAGGUGGCCAAGUCCAUGGAAGCCAUAAUCUCGGAGACAUCGGCAGGCCCAAACGACCCAAGGAGAAAAGAACUAGAGGAGUUGGAGAAACAGAAGGCGACAAUAGAUGAGAGAGCUCGGGCCCAGGUCCGAGGAGAACUGUACUGUGGGCUGGGCUUUCUGGUGGCCCAGACGCUGGGAUUCAUGAGGCUCACCUUCUGGGAGCUGAGCUGGGACGUGAUGGAGCCCAUAUGCUUCUUCGUCACCUCCCUCCACUUCGCGCUGGGGUACGCCUUCUUCCUGAGGACGUCCAGCGAGCCGUCCUUCGAGGGCUACUUUCAGCGGCGAUUUAAGGCGAAGCAAAAACGCCUCAUGGAGGCUCAGAACUUCGACGUCGAGAGGUAUAAGGAGCUCCGGAAGGCGUUUUGUCCGUCUUUUCCGAGCUCGGAUAAUCAUUUUUCGUGCUUUUCUCGUGUGGAAGGAGGGGGCGUUGUGUUCUGACGACGCUAUGACGAGAAAUUAGUAAAAGCCGCAGUAGAGGAAUUUCUUGUAUAGAUAUUUAUGCGAGUAGAUGAUGACUCUAGAGAUUAGGGCAAAUGGGUAGUUCUUUUCCCUUUUUUUUUUUUUUUUUUUAAAAAAAAAUCUCAAACAUAUUGUUUGAUGUGCGGUUGGGCUGGAUGAGAGUUAUGGAAUUGGCUGAACAAGUUGGGGAGGCACCAGUUCGAGUCAAUCCCAAAUGACGUACUGGUGAUGGGUUAUUUGACUUCCGGCACCGGUCUAACCCGGCCGGGAGUGUACAUGUCUAUCCAAUUCCAACCAAUAGGAACCAAGAUACAGGUAAAUUACAGAAUUAUCCCGAUUUUACAAGGGGUUUAAAAAUCAAACCCCUUGUUCCUGCCCCAAGGCGCCCACCCCACAUUUAGAUUUCCAAAGGCUCAGCGUGGUCUCCCGUCAGAUCUCCUAAGCAAACAAAAUCACUUCUAGGAGACACGGGGCAGGCUUAUAGUGAAUACAAGUAAUAUUGGCUCCACAAACGAGUGUUGUCCUUUCAAAAGACUUUAUUUUCUAUUUAGCUUUUUUAUUAAGAAAAAUGCCUAUCUAAAAACAAAAUUUACAACAAGGGCUUUAAUAGGAUUAUUGGGAGAUCGUUGCAUCGGCCGAUCUGCAAAGUGUGAUGAAGGAGUUGAAGUAAACAAGUGACUAUUUUUGGAAGAGCAAA